AUGUUGACUGCAGCGUUCUGUGUCGUCCUACUACCGCUAGCUAUCAAGCACGUGAUCGUGAUGGCCAAGGUUGAAGCGACGCCGGCGGUUCUUACGAUAGACGGUUCUACGAACGAACAGAUAAAAGCCACAUUCAUACCAACCAACUUCUGCCCUGCCGAGAUCAACCCCACCACAACCUCCACGGCAGCCUGGAUGUCAGGACCGUCUGCUGUCAUUUUGGCCAAUCUGGCCCUGCUCCUCUUCUCCAUUAGCUCUCAGCUAAUGAACACCCCUCGUUGGGAUGCCUCACAAUGCCUUAGUUAG